UUCUUCAUACGAAAAAAUAGUUCAACUGUUCAGACGUGUUUAGAUAUCGUGAUGAAAUAAGGCAAAAAGUAGCGUAUUCCGAGUGUUUUCGUGCGUAUGCAAAUAGAUAUUUGCAUUGCCCAACCGUUUUAAUUAGUUAUCGUGGCGAAAACGGCGUUUUAAACGCGAAAAUCAAAGCAAAAAGUGUCAGUUCUCGGAGGCUACAAAGUAGGGGCUGAAUUCGCAAAAACCCAAAGGUAAGUUCAGGUAAAAAAAAAAAGAAAUUAGCAAAGAACCAAGAGAGGGAGAUUGUGGGAGUGCCAUGUCGGAGGCCAUGAGUGCUCCGCCGCCUCUGAUUCCGCAGCUGCAGGAAAUGCAGCAACAGCAGCAGCAGGGCGGUAAUCCCGCCCAGCUUGCCCAGCAGUGGAGCAACUACGCCUGGUAUGCGAACCAAAAUGCCGCCUACCAGCAGCAGUAUCAGCAGUACUACCAGUAUUACAUGCGAUACCAGCAGCAGCAGCAACAGCAGGUAACCUCGACGGUCAGUGCGUCAAAUGCGCCGCCUGGCUUCAGUAAUGCGCUGGCGGCACCGCCACCCCUACCCUCGGGACCGCCCCCUCCGCCGCCACCGAAAAUCGGUCAGCCCCCUGGCCAAAACAAGCAACAGCAGCAGCAGCAACAACAACAGCAGCAGCAAAAGAAUUUCGGGGGUAUACGCUUUAAUUUGAAUUUAAAUCAAAAGCGUUUGGCCGGUGGCCCUAAUCCCCUGCAGCAGCAGCAACAACAACAACAACAACAGCAGCAGCAACAACAACAGCAGCAUCAACAACAACAACAGCAGCAGCAACAGGUCAUGCAAAUGUACAAUAACAAUAUCAACAGUAACAGCAACAGCAACAAGAAGAAGCGCAAGCGCAACAACAAAAACAAGAAUUUUGAGCAAUCAGCAUAUAGCAAUCCGUUCGCCAAUCAAGUCCCUGCCACACCCUUAGCUCCACCGCCGCCCAUCAUCAGCGCCAGCGAUGUAGGUGUGCCAAUCACUCCGGACUUGAGCAAACCUCCACCACCAUUACCCCUGGCCAUUGUGGCACCCACAGAGAAUCCCCAACAGCAAAAUCAACACCAACAACAGCAGCACAAGGCUCCUGCUUCUCCCGCUCCCUCCCAAACAUCAAAUUUUAAGCGGCCCAACAGUUUUCAAAUGGCGUCCAACGACUCCUGGCCAGAUGCCCUCAACCAAUAUGUUGCCCGUUGCUACUCCAAGUGCAACACGGAUUUGGAUAAGGAUCAGAUUGACAUAUGUCUAAAAGGCAAGAUUAUAGCGGCAGCCAAUCGCAACGAGCUGUGGACACGUGACUGGGACAACGAGCCCAUGCCGACGGUGCACAGCGAGAGGGACGGCAUCGAUGUGGUGCUAAGCCAUGUGGCACCGCCGCAGCAGCAGCGAAGCAACUACUUUCAGAAGAAGCAGGAGCAGGAGAGGGAGCGAGAGAAAGACCGCGAUGCGGAUAAGUCGCCUGCCAAGGGUUCCUCGGGUAUAGUGAAUCAGUUCAAGCAGAAGGGCAGCCAACAGUUCAACAAGUCUUCAUCCGGCUACGGUUCUCAUCAUCAUUCUUCGUCGUCCAAGUACUCCAGGAGUCGUUCGCGGUCGCCGUCAUCUUCAAACUCGUUAAAGUACUCGAGCAAGAAACGGUACUCGCGUUCGCGCUCUCGUUCGCGAUCCCCCCGCUCCCGAUCGCGCUCCCGCAGUAGCGAUGCCAGUAAUCCCCCGGCGCGUAAGGUUAUCCGGAAAUCGGGCUCGAACGAAUCUCUGAAUUUCAUACCACUCACCGCGAAUUUAUCCCGCAAGCAGCAGAAGAUGCUGAUGAAGAAGGGCAAGCGCGCUGCCGCCAUGGCUUCCGCACAGAUCAAAAAGAAGGAAACACCUCACUUUUACUCCAAUCACUCGUCUGUUGGCGGUGCCGUUGAUGAUGACACAGCGCGCUUGCAACAGCGUGCGGCACGAUUCUCACAGCAGGGCUCCAGCUCGGCCAAGAAAUCGGUCGUCGCCAUUGCAAGCUCACCGUUUGGUCUCACCACGGCCAAGAACAAGAAGAAAAUGAUGCAGCAACAGCAGCAGCACCAUCGGUCAUCUUUCUUCGAGGACACAGAGGCGGCUAGCGGCUUAGAUCUUCUCGAUUUGCACAUUGUAGGAACUUGUAGGGAUCUAGAAAAAUCAUUUUUGCGUCUAACAAAGGCGCCGUCACCGUCGGAGGUGCGACCUGUCGAGGUGCUCACCCACUCCCUUGUUAAUGUGAAAGGAAAAUGGCGUGCCAAUCAGGAUUAUCACUAUGCGUGUGAUCAGCUGAAGUCCAUAAGACAGGAUUUGACAGUCCAGGGUAUUCGCGAUCAAUUCACGGUGGAGGUGUACGAGACACACGCCCGCAUUGCCAUGGAGAAGGGUGACCACGAGGAGUUCAAUCAGUGCCAGACGCAACUUAAGAUGCUGUACAUGGAGAUCGGUGGUAAAAGCGCCAAUGCCCUGGAGUUCACCGCCUAUCGCAUACUCUACUACAUUUUCACAAAGAAUACUCUGGACAUCACCACUGUCAUGCGUUCGAUUACGGCUGAUCAACGCGAAAAUCCUGCCAUUGCGCACGCUCUUCAGUUCCGAUCUGCGUGGUCGCUGGGGAAUUACUGCAAAUUGUUUUCCCUGUACAAGACGGCUCCUCUAAUGUCCGGCCACAUGAUUGAGUGGUUCCUGGAGAGAGAGCGCAAAGCUGCAUUGCGAGUCAUUAUUAAAUCUUAUCGUCCCAACAUUAGCGUUGACUAUAUUGCCAAUAUCCUGGCUUUCGGUAGCUCCGAGAAGUGCAAGGAAUGGCUCGACACUUUCAGUUUGCCAUAUGCCGCCAAUGGUGCGCAAGUUGAUUGCAAAAAUGCAGCUGCUAUUGCUAUUUGAGGCGAAUUUCAUAUAGAGCAGACUAGCUGCCAUGAAGCCCCAUUCGAUUUUGUACCUGAUUUUCGAACUUUUCGGAUGUUAGUGUCCUUUUUCGGACUGCGGAUGCAACUCUCUUGGCUCUGUCUAACAAUUUUUGUAUAUAUUUCUUUAGAUCGCGAUUCCCUUUCGUUACAAAGUUAGGACUUGAUUUACUCCCAUUCUUAUGCCGAAGUCUUCGCUUAUUUAGAACCAACUGUUCUUCGUAGGGCUUCAAGAUUUUAGUAGGAAAGUAAUUCAACGGAAAAGGCUACAAAAAUCAUCACAGGAAACAUCUACUUCACGUUGUAUUUCAACACAAUGUUGAAUAAUGCAAGCAAUACCGCGUAUUGAGGAUUACCUCUGGAGUAGCCUUGGAUUUUAGAAGGCGUACUCUAUUAUCGAUGAUGUCAUACUCCGGAAAGGAAUAAUUCAAUUCUAGCAACGAAAUGGAAGGAUUCAUAUGGAUUAAAUACAACAGUUCUCCAACAAAUACUUUUUUCCAGAAUCUUCAAAAGUGGAAACAUUUAUAUCACUUGGAAUAAUUCUAACAUUGGAACUUAAUCAUUUGGCGCGCUCUGCUGAACAUUUUUAUCCCAGCGUUGGUCCACAUCACCUCUUUAUAUACUUUUAACCACCGUAAUUGUGCAAGAUCCCCAAAUCAAAAGUCAUCUGAAUUCAACAACAACUUAACCUGAAACCUAAAGUGCGUGACCUUCCAAUGAACAUAUAAAACUCAAGAAUUAAGUGAAUCGAUUCCAAAUAUGGUCACGACCCUCUUAAAUAACAAUCUUACUAAACAUGAACACUCGCAAAACUAACAUGAAAUAAUACACAUGAGGAUAAACAAAAUCAGAAGCGAUUACGGAACUCGAAAAGCCCUAUAGUUUCGGAUAGAGAAACCAUUUUUGUUUUGUUGUGUUUAUUUUACUCAUUUAUACACCGUCUGAUCACUUCAUUUUUAAACUAGUUUUAAGGAUAGGCUUAAUGAUUGUUGUCUUAUUUAAAUUAUUGAAAAGGAUUAUACUAAUGUUCUGUCUCUCUAUUGUAUACCUGUAUAUAUAUACAACCAUCAAAUCCACCACCACCACGAACUACAACUGCAAUGAGAUCCCAGCCUGCAUGUAAAACCAUCGGAAGAUCAAACUCAACGUUUUGGAGUAUGGCAAAUUCAACCUGGUCUUCCCCGUCGCCACUAAACAUCCGUGAAAAGGCAUUCAACAAGUCAUCGAAUAUGCGCGGCAUUUGUAAGCUCUUCCAAUUUUAAUUCGCCUUACUAAAGCAGAUUGUAUGAAAAAUUUGGAGUCUUCGGGGUACCACAUAAGUAAUUGGCUAAGAUCCUGUACUCAGUGUUUUUUUUCUUUAUUAGAGGGAGUUUGACUAGAAUCCUAACUACUAUUAUUAAACAGUAAUUAUACAAAAGACUAGGUUUAUAGGUAUAUUCUAGGCUAAGCUUAACUGUUAAUUUAUUUUUAAUUUUCUUGAAUGUUGGAAAAUUAUGGAAAAGAAUUCAAGAUUUCAAAAGCACCUGUAACUAUGGUGUCGCAUCCAUGGGAGCCCGUUUGCAUGAAAUGGGAGUGCUAUUAUCCCGCUUUUAACAAUACACGCCACAAAAACAAA